AUGUCUUCCUUCACUACAGCCUACUACGUACAGCCGGAGAAUAUCGCCGCUCUCCUGGCCUCUCUCCUAGCCACUGUCUCCGUCGUGGCCUUCCUGGCCAUUGUCAUCAUCAUCGUCUUCAUCCAAAAGCGGAUCGAGAAGAGCAUCUACGACGACGUCUACGCCGCCAUCCAAGACGCAGCCGCCUCGAGAAAGGAGGGCGGGACCGCCUCCAACCAAGAUUCCGAAGGCGAACGCGAGAAGGAGAACGAGCCCCGACCGAGCUCCGAUGAGAUCUCCAACAAUACCGCGGUUUAG